UGCGCAUGCACAUCCGCCCUGGCAGACGGGCGGCCUAAGAAACCUGACACGGUCGGUCUGGGGGCUUUUCUCCGUACAUCAUGAAGAGAGAGGAAUCCACCUGGGAAGCCGGAAAUGAGGGGGGGAAUCAGCUGGGGCUCUGCGUCCUCUGUGGCCUGCCAGCCUCUGGCAAAUCUACCCUGGCCCGCUCUCUUAGCGACCAGCUGAGGCGGAAGCAGGGCUGGGGCGUUGCCGUCAUAACGUACGAUGAUAUCAUCCCAGAAAUGUUCUUCGAGGGAGAGAACGGGCCUACGCUGGUUUGUAGGGGCAAGUUCCUGAAGUGGGCGGGCUCGCGUACCCAGUGGACCAAGGAUCAGCCGCUUUCAUUUUUUCUGAACCUCUUGGGUACCGCUUCAGGCAUUCCCAGAGGCGGAACAAGUCGCUAGGCCUGGCGCCUUAUUUAGCUUCAUCUGUUUCCACCAUAUCACACUUUCUCUCGCCCCCCGGAAAGAUGUUCAGGCAGAGCCUAUUACUUCUGGUCCUUGGCAUGUGGAGGGAACCCAAAGUCGGGGAUUUGCAGUCACCAGUCUGAUGAUGACUUUGGCCAAGGCACUUAAUCGCCCUACGGCGACGGCUCAUUAUACUUUGUUGUAAGGGUUACACCUUCCAAAUGCUUAUUCGGGGCCCUGGGAGAGGGAUGGAGAAACUAGUUAUUUCCAAACCCUGGAUUUGGGAGACUCCUUAAAGGUCAUCUAGAACAGUGAUGAUGAACCUUGGCUAUGCCCCGCCCCUCCAGUCCUUGUGUUAGCCCCUCCUUCCCCGGGACUGUGUGGAGGGAGAAAGGGAGGACAGUGGCCCCUGCUUGGGAGUGGAGAGUGGAAGGGGAGUGGCCCUGGUGCUCCUUUCUGGGGAGGAAGUAAACCCUUCCACUGGGCUGCUGAGCCGAGGGGAGGCCUGGUGAAGAGAGGGAAGAGAGCAGCUUGGCUGGAAUCUCUAUGCCCUUAGAGAUGCCAUCUUCGGCAUCCAGGUCACAGGUUCGCCAUCAAGGAUCUAGGACUUUUGUUUUUGUGCCAGGGACCUGUGGGUUACCAUCGCAAAGUGAUUCAGGUGGUGCAGCAGGUGGAUGUCCCAUCUGGAAAGAAGUCAAGUUCAAAUUUAAGGGGAGUGGCCCCAGUGGCCCUAGCCAAGUCACUGAAACAUUUUCUACUUGGGUGUCCUCAUCUGUAAAAUAGGAAUAAUAAUAAUGGCACUUAACUCAUAGGGUGAGUAUGAGAAUAGAGACAACAUUUUUAAGUGCUUUACAAAUCUUAAGGUGCUAUAUAAGCAUUAGCUAGUGUUAAUGAUAUUUUAAAGCCAUAAAAAUAGGAUUGGAAAACAUAUUCAUUGAUAUGCAGUUAUCAACAUGUUAAAAAAAAAAACACCUUAAUGGACCCUAGAUUAAGAAUUACUGAUCUAAAUCAAUGCCCUCAUUUUACAGGUAAGGAAACUGAGGCUCAAGAAGGUUAAGUCACUGCCCAAGGAAGGUAGUAAGCAUUUAGUAAGCACCUACUAUGUGCCAGUCAUCCCAGUGGAAAUCAUUCCGACAAGAACUUUUGAUGUACCUUGAACAUUUCUUGAUGACCAUAAUCAACAGAUGGGAAUUAUCUGCCCCGAUCUUGAGGACUAGAGGAAUGUGGGAAUGUUUUGUCGACUGCUUGAAAAAUCAAGGUCUUAUAUGUUCUGGAACAGGAGAGGCCCAGUGUUAUUCCUUAACCAAUACAACUCUGUCUCUACCUUUGUAUCUGAUCUUGGAUGACAAUUUUUAUUACCAAAGCAUGAGAUAUGAAGUCUACCAACUGGCUCGAAAAUAUUCCUUAGGAUUUUGCCAGUUAUUUUUAGAUUGUCCAGUUGAGUCCUGUCUAGAAAGGAAUAAGCAGAGAAAUAAACCAUUACCUGAUGAGACCAUACAGCUAAUGGCAAGAAAGAUAGAAUCUCCAAACAUUGAGAAAAAUACAUGGGAACACAACAGUCUUGUUAUUAGGAGUAGAGGAUCUGGUUCUGAAGACAGCAAAGAAGUGACUGAUUUACUGACUACUGCUUUGAAAAACCCAGUAAAAUGUUUUGAGGAAAAUAUGGAACAAAAGGAAACUGAUCGAAUUAUUUGUUCAACCAAUAUUCUUCAUCAAGCUGAUCAGACAUUCAGAAGAAUUAUAUCUCAAACUAUGAAGAAAGCCAAAGAUGAAAAAGUGAUUGCCUACAAGCUGAAGCUUCUAGCAGAAGAACUUACCAAGCUUAAGGCAGACUUUCUGGAAGACCUACGACACGGAAAUAGUAAAAAAAUUCCAUGUUCCUGUCAAAACAGCAUUUCAGAUGUCAUUCAUUUAUUUCAUUAUGAGAGAGAUAAUGUUGUGCAGAAAUAUAUUCCAAAGGAAUAUUAAAUUGAUUUGCAUUGUG